UACACCGAGGAAUAUAAAAUAGAACAGCAUAAAAGCAAUGUAAAUGUGUAAUCAGAAAUGUGAUAACUUCGCAACCUGUGCUAUUCCAGAUGUAUAUUAACUUGGAUAUGUUUACUAAUUAGUCAUUUACUUGUCAUUGAUUGGACUGCACCAACAUGAAGAUAUUAUUUUUCGUCGCAGUGUUUGCGUUAAGUCAAGCUGAAAUAAUUACGGGGAAAAAAUGUGUCGGAGACGGUGAUAAAUUUGAGAAAGAAACACUGGUGACCGGUUACGACAGCCCUUAUCAGUUGGCAAUUGAUCCUGCUACAAACACUCUAUUCUUCAGUUAUUCUACAGAAAUACUUGGAGAUGGAUUCAAAUCUGUAUAUUUAGAUCUAAAAACUAAAACGCAUGAAGAAAUUCCAGUACACGGUGGUGGAUUCGCUCAUGCAGUUGACGUUCGUAACAAUAUAGUUUAUAUUGGGAGCACUGAGUCGGGCAUUUCGAAGUUUGAUUACCAAACUAAGAAAGCUGUUCCGCUAGAUUUAACAAAGGAAGGUAUAUGGCAGAUGUUCUUCAAAGACGGAUUGUAUUUUACUACGUAUCCUAGUGAGAGUGCCUAUUUAUACAAAGAUGGUGUUGUUAAGAAAGUGGAAGAAUUAAAAAAUACAAGAUCCUUGACUUUGGGAGUUGAUAAUCAUUUUAAUAUUUUCUUCUCUAACUCAUCAGGGUUCUUUAUUUACAAGAAAGACAGUGGUGUAACAACACAUGUGGCAGACUAUGUUGCAAACGCCUUUACGUCUGAUCCUAAUGGGAAUUUAUACUUUUCUACACCUUCGGGUUUAUACUCUGUUGAUGAAAAUCUUAUAGUCAAAGCAAUUCUAGAAGAAAGCAAUAUAUAUGGAAUGGUAAUUGAGGGAGAGAAAACAAUUAUUUAUGCAAGCAAAGACAGUGUGAUAAGGCUGAAACCCAGAUCUGAAUGUAUUCAAGAUGAUGUCUAAUUUUAUAUAAUUGUUUAAUAUAUAUUUAACUUUUAUAA